UCUGCGAGGAUGACAGAGACAAGUGUCAGAUAUGAGGAGCUGAAGAAACGAAAAUGCGUCCUGCAGCGGGAGCUGCGUCGACGCCAGGGGUUCCCACGCCAUCGACAGAGAUUCGACCGCGACGAGGACGAGGAGCAGUUCCAGGACUUUGUAGCCGCCGAGUGCGAGAAAAGGGAGCAGGACUGCAGAGACGUCCAGCGCGAAUGUGACGAGAUAUACCAGCGGAAGCUCCGCCAGCUGGCCCGCGAACGCGACGAGCUGUACGAGCGGGAGCGCCAGAAGAUCGACAUUCACUACGAGGAGCUGUUCGACCGCGAGUACAAGCGGAUCGAGCGCCAGAUCAACGAACGAGCGUUGCGAGGGCCGAUCAAGCAGAGGGAGCCGACCAGAGAGAGAGACCGACUGCCCCAAAACCUCGCCCAGUAUCUCAAGGCCUGCCAUGCGCUGCAUCUGCGGUUUCAAAAGACGGCCAGUCGGUCCCUGAUCACGCAGAAGGAGGCGCUCAGCUGGACAUUUCCGCGACGAAUCAUUCCCUGGGAUGGCUUCGCCAAGCUGCAGGAGGGCGUAUGGAGCCAGCUGCCGUCCGAGACGGAAUUCUGCACGGAACAGCAGUUCCCGUCCAUCGAGCAGCUGGACAGCGUCAGGCGGACACUGACACCGGUGAACAGCGAGGCGUCGCUGCAGCACUUUGGACGCUACGCCAUCGAGAACGUGGUCCAGGAGUUGAUGGACAAACUGUACGAGGAUGGCUUGCUCUGGAACGGCCUCGGGCUCAGCGACGACGUGAAGGUGACGAUCGAGUCCGACAAGGACCUCGGCCAGGUGUACGAGCCCAUGCUGGAGUCGUCGUGGCACAAGGACGCAGGGGAACUGAAGCUGUCGAUGCGAAACUCCCAUCGAAGGGCGAAGAGGGCCGGCAUCUGGGUCAACCGGUCAUGCGUAUAUCGCCACAAGGAGGAUCACGGAACGAGGACGCCCAUCUUCGCCAUUGUACAUCAACUGCCGCACAGAUUGCAGCUCGACGAGAUCAAGUGUGGCCUGGCCUCCGAGAUCCGGCCCGAGCGAGACGUGAUUGACAAGGAGGGCGACGACUAUGCCUUUGCCUCGAGGACGCUGGUGGCUGCCACCGUCACGCAGCUCUACUCGUACAUGGUCAGCAGGAACAUCCAGUACGGGUGCGUCUGCACGGGUGAGGCCUUUAUCUUCUGCCGCAUCUCCGAAGACGAUCCCUGCACGAUAUACUGCACGCCGUGCGUACCGGAGCACGAGGUUCUCAAUGACGACCCUACACGGCUUCAGCGGACGGCGGGUGCCCUCGUCUUUGGGCUGGUGCUGCAGGCUCUCCGCGCGAGGCCGCUUCCCGAGUCGUGGUGCGAGUCUGUCACGUAUCUGGACACCUGGACAAUGGGUUAUGACGACGUGUUGGACAGAAUACGCAGGACGUGUGUCUCAAGGCCGCGAUCGCCAUCGUCAUUCAAGGUCUACCGCUGGCAGGGGUUCAAACAAUCGCCGCUAUACAUCGAGAUGAAGACGGCAGAGCCCAAGGAGAGCGAGAAGAUCCGGAGCUGGCUCGACGACGUGCCGGGCCGGGACGGAUCCAUUUGCGAGCUCGAUCGAUGCAUUAGCGGUUCGCGGCCGCUGUUGAUGGAUCAGCCGUACUGCUCCCAGAGCUGCCUCCUCGGUCUGGUACAGGGAACAGCGCCCGACAUUCACUGCCCCAACGCUGAGUUCCACGGACCGGCUCACCUCGGCUAUGACGACUUCAUGCGCCUCCUCCUGAGGCAGCUCGAUCGCCCCGACGGACAAGAUUCCGACUAUAUGCGGUUGCGGGUUGGCAACGCCCUCCGGUCGCUCCUCAAGGUGAGGCUGACGUCGCACGGCUACACGUUUAUCGCCAAGGGCGGGAAGAGCUCGGCGAGCAUGUGGGCGGAAAAGUCCGUCUACGAUCAGAUGGCAGAGCUGCAGGGCAAUUGCGUGCCCGUUUGCCUCGGUCUGCUGGAUCUGGGACGGCCGCGCCGGUACACUGACAACGCCUGGAAGGAGAUGCUGCUUCUGAGCUGGGGCGGGCGGCCGUUCCAGAGCUGCCACAGGCAGGUCGAGAAGGAAUUGAUUGCCCAGAUGGCGGACAACGCGUUGGAGGCGAUCCACAAGCUCGGCGUCGUGUACAACGGGGGACUAUCGGCGAGUAACUUCCUAUUUGACCGAUCGCGGGAGAGCGUAAUGCUGGUCGACUUUGAGGAGGCAUCGCUAGACUUUUGCAAGACGCCGGCGGUGAUGGGGGACUGGCAGACAAGGAAGCGGAAGCGCUACCUGUGGCAGGAAGAGGUGCGACACCGGUUCAUGAUGGACUCGAGUGUGGCAAUGGCGACGAUUCGAAGUGCGGAGCGGAAGAGCGGCGCGCGGUAUGGGGAUGAUGAAAGUGAUGUUGACGAUUCUAUAGCCAUCAAAGGUGAAGCAUACCUGGUUACCUUAGUCAGCUCUGGCUACCAUUACAUCACUUUCUUCUUCAACCUGCUGGGUACCUAA